CAACACUUAAAUGCGCAGUCCUCGGGCUGUUUGGAAUUCGGGAUUUUACCGAUGGUGUUAACAUGUCCAGGAAAAUUCAAACCCUUGGAGUUCCGAACAGCAACAGGACCCUGGCAGUCUCGGAUGGGGAGCUGAACAUGAUGGAUCUGGAUGGCCACGGUAGCUGCCGCAGUCUGGACAGUGAGCAUGGCCCGCCAAGCUCUCCGGCCGCGCGCUGCAAUGUCGGCAGGGUGGCCAGCUGGGCGGUCAGCUUCGAAAGGCUGCUGCAGGACCCCACCGGCGUGCACUACUUCACGGCUUUCCUGAAGUCAGAGGUCAGCGCGGAGAACAUCUUUUUCUGGCAGGCCUGUGAGAAGUUUCGGCAGAUAAAGGCCAAUCAGAAAGAGGAGCUGAUCCAAGAAGCCCGCUCCAUCUACGACAGCUACCUCUCACACAGCGCCAGCCAUGCCAUCAACAUCGACGACACUGCCCGCGUGAACGAGAGCGACCUACAGUCCCCCACACCGGACAUGUUCCAGAGGGCACAACAGCAGAUCUUCAAGCUGAUGAAGUUCGACAGCUACACGCGUUUCAUCCGCUCGCAGCUCUUUCAGAACUGCAUGCUUGCCGAUGUGGAGGGCCGCCCGCUCUCCGAGCUUGGGGCCGGCUCCAGGAGCCCAGCCAUGGGGAAGGCCACGGUCCCCGGCUGCCCUGCUGUUGCUGAUGUAAAGAAGAAGAAGAAGGCCAGGGCAGGGAAAUCUCAGGCCUUAGAGAUGGAGGAUGCCGCAGCACUGAAGGAGAGCAAGGGGUCACGUGACAAACGGCGUGAACAGAGAGGAUCAUGGGGAGCAGAGCUGUCUGACCACCGCGCUGUCUUACGCUCGCAGUCCGACUGCACUGUCAAGACGAUGGGUGUCGUGGAGAUAGCUGCUGCCUACAACAAAUCUGAGAAUGGGCGCUCGGGCCAGCGGGAUGCAGAGCAGGGGCGUUCGGCAGUGGGACGGGUGGAUAAGUACUGCUGCGUGUUCUUGCCGGAUGGGACGGCCUCACUGGCUCCCACGCGCCCCGGCCUCACCAUCCGGGACAUGCUGAUGGGACUCUGCGAGAAGAGGAGGUUCGCUCUGCGCGACGUCAUCAUCUACCUGCAAGGCAAGGAGAAGCAACCCCUCAGCCUGGAUCAGGACAGCAGCGUGCUGAAAGAGCAGCAGAUCUUUCUGGAGCUGCGUGUCACCUUCACGGUAGAGAUAGCCUUCACAGGGAAGACAGUGGGAAUUAUGGUAAAGUCCAGCAAGACCCUGCAGGAGGCGCUGUCCACCCUACUACAAAAAUACUGCCUAAAACCACAGGACACUGUGAUCACAGAGAGUGGCUGCAAGGAGACGUUAAACAUGAACAUGAUGGUUUUUUCCCUGGCCAACAAGAAGCUGGUCCUGGACCGAGUAAAAGGCAAAGAACAGAGCAGCAAGCCCCAGAUCACUGCCCAAACUCCCUCCAACCAGGGGCAAUCUGGACCAACCAGUACCAGAAACCGGAAGACCAAUGACAUGGAUGGGUUCGUGUCCCUACUCACUCGGGCGCAGUGGUGCAGUGUGGAUGACCAGCGGGGGUUACUGAGGAAGGAGCACUUGGUGCUCCCUCAAUUCCUGCAGCUGCCAGAAGGGGAGGGCAAGCAGGAGGAGAAGAGGGAGAGGCAGGCAGAUACAGGGAGGGACCAGGACCCUAGCCCCGCCCCCAUAACCACCGCGGCCCCCAAACCGACCCCGGAGUCUCCCUUGGAGACAGGGCUCAAGGCGUCAGGGGCAUUGGCCACGCCCAGCGGGGCGGAGUCAGAAGCAGAGAGCUCCGACUCUUUGCCCUGGGCUGAUGGCUCCUUCUUUUGCACAGACUCUCGAGAGACAGUGGUGUGAUGGCGUGAAAGUGUCCCUCUCAAAUCCAUCUGUGUGUGUGUGUGUGUGUGUGUGUGUGUCUGUGUGUCUGUGUGUGCUGUGCAUGUAUAGUUGAACGUGUGUGCUCCCUGCUUCAGCGCCAGCAAAUCUGUGUAUCACAUGAGUGCAAACCUUAAGGACUGUAAAACUGGACUUAUGCACACAAGCAAUAUUCUUAAUUCCUGUUUUGUUGUAUUUAUUUAGAACUGAUUUGUAUCUGCCACUACAUCUGUGUGCUUCAGUAUGACCUAACAUGUACGCAGUAUAUGUUCUUCACACACGCAUAGUGUUACACAGAAAUGUAAUUUGCAUUUAUAUUUUGCUUUUAUUAUGUAAAAU